GAGCUUGCGUCAAAUGCGGACGCCAGUUGGACGCAGCUCGGGAUUGGAGGCAGCCACGUUUCCCAGCCAUCCGCCGUGUGUGUCGCAGCGACUGUGUGUGUGCUGUUUGUGCCGUUCCGUGCCGCAUCUGUGGCGUUUCGCGAACGGGAUGUGAUUGGGAUCCUCGCCAACGUUCAUCCUCUCAUUGCCCAUAACCGGAUUCAGCUGCUCCAGUGUGUCCAGGAGCUUGAACUCCGCUCAGCUCCUGCUCGAAACUCCUUCUUUGACAACCGGCGACGCUUGUGUUUUCCACGCCUGCACCUCUAACGGAGCGCUGCCGCGGGAGCAUGUGCAUCAUCAUCAUCUCGCUGUCGAUCGCAAUCUCCGACUCUCCCGGGCACUGGCUCUCCGUGUGAGUCUCCGGCUACCCGCCCAGGGUGGCGCAGUUCGAAAAUGAGCACGUGCGAGGCGGCGGCCGCUGGCGAGGAUGAGCUCCCGUCCAAGGCCAAGUCUGAGGAGAGCCAGCCGCCGGAGGAUCCGAAGAAGCAGCCGCUGGAGAAGCACGAGAAGCAGCUGGAGAAGCAGCAGCAGCAGGAGCAGCUUCCUCAGAAUGGCAAGGGCGAAGCGGAAGCCCAGGAGAAGCAAUGUCAACACCAACCCCAAAUGGAGGGCAUCCGGAGCUCUGUUCUCCUGGACGUCAGUGCCGGUGCUCCCUCGAUAGACGCACUGGUGGCCUGCAAGGAUGCCCUGCUGGCCCAGAAGCUCUUUGCCAGCGGUGGAGGCUCCACGCCCGGACCCAGUCCCACGUCCACGGCGGUGGGUCCUGGCGGCGUCACUGGCAAGGACCUGCUCAAACUCAAGGAGCCCAUGCGCGUGGGCUUCUACGACAUCGAACGCACCAUUGGCAAGGGCAACUUCGCCGUGGUCAAGCUGGCCCGGCACCGAAUCACCAAGAACGAGGUGGCCAUCAAGAUCAUCGACAAGUCUCAGCUGGAUCAGACGAACCUGCAGAAGGUCUAUCGCGAGGUGGAGAUCAUGAAGCGUCUGAAGCACCCCCACAUCAUUAAGCUGUACCAGGUUAUGGAGACCAAGAAUAUGAUCUACAUAGUGUCGGAGUAUGCCAGCCAGGGCGAGAUCUUUGAUUACAUAGCAAAGUACGGACGGAUGUCCGAGUCGGCGGCCCGCUACAAAUUCUGGCAAAUCAUAUCAGCGGUGGAGUACUGCCACAAGAAGGGCAUCGUGCAUCGCGAUCUGAAGGCGGAGAACCUGCUCAUGGACCUCAACAUGAACAUCAAGAUAGCCGACUUCGGCUUCUCGAAUCACUUCAAGCCGGGCGAACUGCUGGCCACCUGGUGCGGAUCGCCGCCGUACGCCGCUCCCGAGGUGUUCGAGGGGAAGCAGUACACGGGUCCGGAGAUUGAUAUCUGGUCACUCGGCGUGGUGCUCUAUGUGCUGGUCUGCGGUGCCCUGCCCUUUGACGGAUCCACGCUGCAAAGCCUACGGGAUCGGGUGCUGUCCGGCCGCUUCCGCAUUCCGUUCUUCAUGAGCUCCGAGUGCGAGCACCUCAUACGCCGCAUGCUGGUGCUGGAGCCCACGAGGCGCUACACCAUCGAGCAGAUCAAGCGCCACCGCUGGAUGUGCCCCGAGCUCCUGGAGCACGUCGUGAUUGCCAAGUACAACCUGGGCGCCGAGCGGCAGGCGGGUCUGGAGCCCAGCGAGGACAUCCUGCGCAUCAUGGCCGAGUAUGUCGGCAUUGGGCCGGACAAGACGCGGGCCAGUCUCAAGAAGAAUACUUACGACCAUGUGGCGGCCAUCUACCUGCUCCUGCAGGAUCGCGUCAGCCACAAAAAGGAGCAGAGUAAUGGCUCAGGAUCCAGCUCCGUUUCAUCCUCAUCCUCCUCCGCCGCGGCCGCCAGUCGGAUGCUUUACAAGAGCACCAAGAUCGAGCAGCAGCAGCCGCCGCCGCAGCAGCUGCAACAGCAGCAGCAGCAGUCCAAGACAAUAUCCACCAGCUCGAUCCUGGCCAAGGAUCAGGGCCACAAAAGACUUAGCCGCCAUCAGACGGUGCUCAUGAGUGAGCGAACAGCCCACGCCGGUGCCACGCCCACUGUCCCGGAUCCUGGACAAGGAUCAGGGUACUAUGCCAAGUACGGCCCCCUGCAACUGCCACUUCCCCUGCCCGGCCAUGCCCACCUGGCCGGGUAUCUCAAUGGAGGAGGAGCCGCCACCGCCGCCGUCGCCGAGGUGGAUGCCGCCGGGAUACCUCUGCCCCUGCGGUACACCCCCCUGCCAUCGGCCGCCUCGCCGGCUCCCUCCAACUGCUCAUCCACAUCCUCGAGGGUCGGGCGGCACAGCCUGAGCUCCAGCUCGCCGAGGAGCCAUCGGCCAGUGGCCAUUUCGUUGAGCAUCGACAACAAUCCCUCGCUGGCCAAUCUGCGCUGCCGGGAGAUGAUGGAGCCAGGACCUGGCGCAUCUGGAGGAGGAGUAGGUGUGCCUCUGGUGUCCAAGCAGCUCCAUCAGACCAUCAGCGAGUACAUCAUCAAACAGAGCACCGAAGACUGCCGGGCGCUGCUGCAGCAGUCCACAGCGGUGGCGGAGGGCAAGGAUGAGGCGUCAAAGGUGGAACCCGGCGCAGCAGCCGCUCCUCCGCCCGCCUCCACCACGCCCACAUCCAGUGCAGCGGCACCGGGACCCACAUCGGGCUCCUGCCCCGGAGACAUGAACGGAAAGUCGAUAAAGACCAUGUCCAGCUCGAGCAGCUUCGACUCCAAGGCAAAUCUCGGCCAAAGCUUUCGCUACAAGAUGUCCGCCGAGGCCAGCAAGCUGUUCCAGACCCUCCAGGAGAGCCCAUUGCCCGUGGAGCAACGGGCCAAGCGUCGUGGGCACGUGGGCAGCACCAAUGGCAGCGGCGGCGAUUCCGGCCAGGAGAUGAAUGAGCCGAAAUCGAAUGGCGACAGCCGCUCCGAGAAGAAGGUGCUGGCUCAGGGGAGCUCCAGCACUGACGAGGGCUGCGAGACUGACCAGGGCAACGAUCCGGGCUCGGCCUCGCAGGAGUCGAAGGGCAGCAGUAGUGGGAAUGCCGCCAACGGCAGUGGACCCACCUCGCAUUCCAGCAGCGAUCUGACCCACCUCGGUGGAACCGCCGCCUCCGGCCAGAGCCACCGGAUGCGUUCGUAUGCCAGUAGCAGCUCCUCCAGCGGCGUCCUUGCCGGCAGCGCUGGCAGUUACUCCAAGAGUCUGAGCCAGAACCUGAGUCGCGGCUCCUCCAAGAGCAACUGCAGCGGUCCCUACGACAGCCUGGACUUCGCCCUGCCCUCCGGCAAGGGUAGUCUGCCCUCGUGCAUGGGCUCCAGCUCGAUGCUGGCCACGCCCACCCCGGCCUCUGCCUCGCCGGCUGCCAUCUCCUCGGAGCAUUCGUCGGAAAGAUCGCUGUACGGAAGCCACAACUCGUGCAUCCAUAUGCCAGGUGCCCUGGCCCUCGGGCUGGGUCUCCCGCAGAGUUCGGCCUCCACGCCCACUCCGAAUCCCACGCCGCCGCCGCCGCCAAAUGGUAGCGUUGUACCGUUCCUGGACAAGCGAUCGCCCAUACACUUUCGCGAGGGCCGACGGGCCAGUGAUGGCCUGGUUGCCCAGGGUCUCCUGAGUUCCGGCUCCUUGCUGGGCACCAGUCGGGUUUACGGCAGCUAUCGCUACGAGCAGGCCAAGCGUCAUGGCUGGCUGGAGAUCCAGCAGCUGCAGCAGGAGGCGUCUGUGGGGCAUCCCCACCCACAUGCCCAUCACCAUCCGCAUCCUCAUCAGCAUCCUCAUCAGCAUCCCCAUCCCCAUCAGCAUCAGCAUCCUCAUCCACAUGGCCAGGCCUACGGCUUGGAGGAACUCUGUCAAUUUCCAAAUGGUCAAUUCUACGCUCUGCCCGGCAAGCAUCAUCCGCUGCUGACGUUGCCCAAUCACCAUGGACAUCCUGCCCAGCAUCACCAUGGCCACCAUCCGCUAUUCCAUCCGGGUCACCAGGCCACGCCGCUGCUUCUGGAAACGGUGGCCGGUGGGGAUGUGUAUGGCCAUGGAUGCUAUGCUCCGCCGCCGCCCCCACCAGGACUAUAUCCUCACCAUCCGCUGGGCGUGGGCGUUGGAGUGGGCGUGGCCGUUCCCAUGUCGCCGAUGCAGAAGCCACCGCUGCAGCAGCAACUCCUGCAGCACCGUCUGCUGCAGCAAAAACGCCAGCUCUUCCAGAAGCAGUACGCCUUGGAGGCCCAACUGGCCGGUCGUCAUCACCAUCAUCAGCAGCAGCUGCAGCACCAGCAGCAGCACCACCACUUUGGCCACACCCUGGGUCAUCCACCGCCGCCGGCUCCGGCUCCAGAACACCACCUGACCGACGAGCUGUACGAGCUGGCCCUGCUCGAUCGACCCAGGAGCGGAACUCCACGGCUUCAGCACUCCAUGACCAUGCCCGGAGCCCAUGCUUUCAGCCAGAUGAACCUCAAGACCUCCUAUAUCAGUCAAUCCGAUCAGGUCUCGGGUCCGGCGUCAAAUGGAGGAGCUUCCGGAGGAGGAGGAGCUGCGGCUGGGGUUUCUUGCUCAGCGCCACCGUCCAUAGCGCCGGGCACGCCCACGGUCAAAUGCAAGCCGGGCACGCCCCACGGGCACAGCCUGGAGUCAGACUACCAUACUUCGACGCCCGUGCUCAGCCUGUUUGCACCUAACUGGCAGUCGCUGGUGAAGCCGCUCAGCGAAAGUCCCAUACUGGAGAUAUCGGAGCACCUGGAGUCCGUCUAAGGCGGAGGAGGAGGAUGGAUAUCAUGGGGAUGGGAAUGGGGAUGGUGGUGCAUCGAACUAAUGAGGGCCGGAAUGAGGCCACCUUUUUAUUAAGCUCGCAAUCGCAAUUACGAAUUAUUUGAUCCAUAUACGAUAUACACCCACAUACAUACAUAUACAUAGCCUAUACAAGUUCGUAUACCUAUACAGAUAUGGAUGCGGAAUCAGAAUCGGAAUCGGUAUCGGAUUGGGACUUGGAUUCGGACUUACCUCGAUUGGAGCUGAUGGAAUCAAUGCCGAACCGAGCGAUGCCGCAAUAUUGGAUGAUUUAGUUGUGUUACUAGCCUUAAGUAGUCCAAGUUUCGUACGCAUACACGCAGACAUAUACAAUAUGUAUAUUGAUAAUAAUAGCGUUAAGCUAUAGCUAUACUUAUGAUUACACUAUACACUAUUGUAUUGCCCCCAGUUCCGAUUCGGAUUCGGAGUUCGUCCUCGGAGUUCAAAAUUCGGAGUUGGGUGGAUGAGAACAACGUAACUACAUAUAUCAA